AUGGCGAAGUCGAGCGCUGAUGACGAGGAGCUCCGACGUGCGUGCGAGGCGGCGAUCGAGGGCACCAAGCAGAAGAUCGUAAUGUCUAUCAGAGUGGCCAAGAGUUGUGGGAUAUGGGGCAAAUCCGGCAAACUCGGCCGCGGUAACAUGGCGAAGCCUCGUGUUCUCGGCAUUUCAACAAAGGCAAAAGUCAAAAGGACUAAAGCUUUUCUUCGUGUCUUCAAAUAUUCGAAUGGAGGUGUGCUUGAGCAUGCGAAAUUGUACAAGCUGAAGCAUCUGUCGAAAGUGGAACUUGUAACGAAUGACCCUAGUGGAUGUACUUUUAUGCUGGGUUUCGAUAACCUUAGAAAUCAGAGCGUCGCCCCACCUCAGUGGACAAUGCGUAAUCUUGACGACAGGAAUCGUUUUCUGCUUUGCAUCUUAAAUAUCUGCAAGGAUGUUUUGGGCCAUCUUCCAAAAGUCGUCGGCAUUGAUGUAGUCGAGAUGGCUCUUUGGGCUAAGGUGCAAAUUCAUAUUGUCCAGCUUAUUUUUCAGCCUAACUCUGAAAAUACACAAGUAGUUACUAAGCGGCAGGGGGACCCUGAAGACGGCCCUUAUUACGCGGAAGUUACGGAAGGUGACAUGAAAUUGACGGUUGAACGAGAACUCGUGUCGCAAGCGGAGGAAGAGGACAUGGAAGCUCUUCUAGGCACGUACGUAAUUGAAUUUCAACCAUUACGAUCUUUGUGCCUUAUGAAUUUGUAA